AUGCAAUCCAUCAAGGAAACCGCCGCCAAUGUCGCCGCCUCGGCCAAAUCCGGCAUGGAAAAGACUAAGGCCACCGCUCAAGAGAAGAUGGAGAGGAUGACAGCUCACAACCCGACCGAAAAGGAAAUCGCAAGCGAGAGGAAGGAGGAGCGUAUCCACCGGGCCGAGCUCCACAAGCAGGAGGCUCGUGAGCAAAAUGCCGCCGCCAAGCAGGCCGCUGGCAUGGGCGGCCCACACACCUACUCCACCACGGGGGCAACCGGGCAGCCCACCGGAGCCCACCAGAUGUCAGCCCUUCCCGGACAUGGCUCCGGGCAGCCCGCUGGGCGGGUGGUGGAGGGGACUGUUGGGUCGCACCCAAUUGGGACUGCGACUGGCACAGGUGGAACAACUGCACACAAUACACGUGUAGGUGGUGGUGGUGCUAACACGGGCUAUGGAACGGGCGGUGGUUACAGUGCCUAA